CCAGGGUUCCCUCUGUGUCUCUCAGUGAUGGUGCAAAAGAACCAGCUCAGAUAGACAAAACACUGUCAAUGGAGGAGCUACUGGCAUCUCCAUUGUAUUCUCAGUGGGCAAUGUCACCAGCCGGUUCUGAAAGAGUGUCCUCAGUCAGGAUAUCCAGUAGAGAGGAGAGUGUGGGGAGAACAGCAGAGACACCAGAGAGACACACAUCUCCUGGAGCUUCUCCAAGAGUUUCUCCACAAACCUCUCUUGUAUCAGCUCAUGUUGUUAAAUCUCCGUCUGGUACAGAUAUUUCUCAACAAUCCAGUCUGCCUAGGAUUCCCUCUGCACCAUCAAUGGACAGAUACACAUCUCCCAGAGUUUCUCAAAGAGUUUCUCCACAAUCCAGUCUUGCCAGGAUUCCCUCUGCACCAUCAAUGGAGGAGCUACUGGUGUCUCCAUCUGCUUCUGUUGGUAGAAUUUCUACAGCAGUUUCAAGACGAUCUUUAAGAAGUAGUUUGUCAGAAAGAGCUCCUUCUGAAACAGUCAUAAGAUAUUCUGAAAGCGUUUUAUCAGGAAGAGCUCUCUCUAAAACAGAACUAGUCGAUGCAGCACAGAGAGUGUCCCCAGUCAGGAUACCCAGUAGACAGGAGAGGGUGGGGAGAACACCAGAGAGAUGCACAUCUCCCAGAGUUUCUCCACAAUCCAGUCUGGCCAGGAUUCAAUCUGCACCAUCAAUUGAGGAGCCACUGGUGUCUCCAUCUGCUGCUGUUGGCAGAGAAUCUCCAGCCAGGAGUGGAGUUUCUCUAGUAAUGUCUCUAGGAAUUUCUGCAGCCAAUGUGGUUGGGCCAGUGUGUUUCAAAGAUGUGUCACAGAUUAUGCCGACUAAAAUACCAGAGAAUCAGGGUUCGGCCUCCUCCGCCAGGAUACCCAGUAGACAGGAGAGUGUGGGGAGAACAGCAGAGACACCAGAGAGACACACAUCUCCUGGAGUAUCACCAAGAGCUUCUCCAAGAGUUUCUCCACAAACCUCUCGUACAUUGGCUCAUGUUGGUGAAUCUCCGUCUGGUACAGAUAUUUCUCAACAAUCCAGUCUGCCUAGGAUUCCCUAUGCACCAUCAAUGGACAGAUACACAUUUCCCAAAGUUUCUCAAAGGGUUUCUUCACAAUCCAGUCUGGCCAGGCUUCCCUCUGCACCAUCAAUGGAGGAGCUACUGGUGUCUCCAUCUGCUUCUGUUGGUAGAAUUUCACCAGCAGUUUCAAGAAAAUCUUCAGAAACAGCUCCUUCUGAAACAGUCAUACGAUAUUUUGAAAGUGAUUUAGGAAGAGCUUUCUCUGAAACAGAGCUAGUUGAUGCUGCACUGAGUGUGUCCUCAGUCAGGAUACCAAGUAGACAGGAGAGGGUGGGGAGAACAGCAGAGACACCAGAGAGACAGACAUCUCCCAGAGUUUCUCCAAGAUUUUCUCCACAAACAUCUCUUCUAUCAGCUCAAGUUGGUGAAUCUCUGUCUGGUACAGACAUUGCACCACAAUCCAGUCUGCCCGGGAUUCCAUAUGCAUCAUCAAUAGAGGAGCUACUGAUGUCUCUAACUGCUACUGUUGAAAGAAUUUCACCUGCAGUUUCAAGAUCUUCAAGAAGUAGUUUGUUAGAAAGUGUUUCCUCUGAAAAAGCAACAAUUAAAGCAAUAUACAGAGAAGAGAGUGUAGAGAGAACAGCAGAAACAACAGAGAGUCACACAACUAAACAAGUGUCUUUCAGAGCUCCUUUGGCAACAUCUAAGACAAGACUCGUUUCUGAUGUGGCAAUUUUGUACAGACCAUCCAUUGCUGAAGGCCUUUGUCUUGAGGUCUUGGACAUGGAGUCUGACCAGGUGAAAACACCAAUGAGUGACAUCACUGCACAAGCUCUGUCUCACACUGCAGCAAUGGAAACAGCUCAGGAUACAGUCAGGAUACCCAGUAGAAAGGAGAGUGCAAGGAGAGCAGCAGAAACACAAACAUAUUUUGCAUCAGGCAAGUAUCAAGAUUAA